CCACGAAGGGAUGGAAACCAAUAUGUACAAUGGUUUCGCACAAACUGCCAGGGCCCCGAUGGCUCUCAAGUGUUCCAUUUCUUCCCUUUCGAGUCAUAUUCUCGCGUGAUUUAGCACCUCCUGGGAUUCCUUGCGCGAAUUCCCGCAUCCACCGAGAAUCGAGGUUUUUUCCUGAGGGUUCGUUUGUGGGGAUCACACUAUAAGCGUUGACGCACUUUCACAAUGCGCGACCACGAGCUCCACUCUUCAAAACAGCCGCGCAAAGAGAGCUCGCUUGAAACCAGGCCAGCAACCUCGUCGUCGGCACCGAACGAAGGUGACGGCUAUCACUCGGCGAGCGCUUCCUUGUAUUCCGGCUCCACGCCGAGAAUGCACCAACCUUCAGUCACGUCUCCUCCCCCGCAGACGAUAUCUCUUCCGCCAAUUCAAGGAACCAUGGGAGCUGGCCACACCUUUGACGAUGAUUUCGAUGCUCAUACGGAGGCCGAUGCUGAUUCGGCUUACGACUCCGAAUCGCUAAUCGGAGGGGACACUGUCACUCUGGCGUCGUACAUUACAGACUACAAGUAUGAAAAUGGCAGACGUUAUCACUCGUAUCGUGACGGGUCAUAUUGGGGCCCUAAUGACGAACAUGGAAAUGAGAUACAGGACUUAGCUCAUCACAUGUAUCUUAUCACCCUCGGGGGUAAGCUGCAUCUUGCACCAAUUACUGAACCCCAUAAUAUCCUCGAUGUAGGCACUGGGACUGGCAUUUGGGCAAUCGAUAUGGCGGACGCAUACCCGUCUGCGCAGGUCAUAGGCACGGACUUGUCACCCAUACAGCCCGACUUCAUUCCUCCCAAUUGUACUUUCGAGAUAGACGAUGUGACAAUGGAGUGGACUUAUCCUAGGGAUCACUUUGACUUUGUGCAUAUUAGGGAAAUGUUUGGCUCAGUGCCGGACUGGCAGUAUUUGUUCAAACAGGCGUACAAGCACGUCAAGCCUGGGGGCUGGGUCGAGAUAGUCGAGCAUUCAGUGGAACCGAUUAGCGAUGACGGCACAGUUGGCCCGGAUCACUUUUACACCUUGUGGGGAAAGACCGUCAUUGAAUGCGGUGAGAAGUUCGGGAAGAGCUUUCGAAUCUGGAAAGACGCAAAGGAAUACAUGGAGAAGGCGGGCUUUGUGGACAUCGUCGAAGUGCGAUACAAGUGGCCCAUGAACGGCUGGCCCUUGGAUCCCAAGUUGAAGGAGAUUGGAAGAUGGAAUCAGCUGCGCCUUCAUGAUGGGGUUGAAGGUUUCAUGCUGCGUCUCCUGACGAUGGCUUUGAACUGGUCAUACGAGCGAGCGCAACUGUUCCUUGCAGAAAUGCGGCGAACGUUAAAGGACACUAGUACCCAUGCCUAUCUACCAGGGACCGUCGUUUACGGCAGAAAGCCUCUAGUGUCUCGCACUUGAAGAUCUGACUUCAAUCUAACUUCAAAGACGCUUGCUCAGCGGUCGCCCCUCAUUGAACGAAUCCGCAACAAGGAGCCCCUACUACGUUCCAAUCGCGAUUACGGAAAAAGGCCUAAAGGAUAAUUUCCCUUGGUAUCAACUGCCAGACACCUGCUUCAAACCCGUAACGAAUCCUGAUGUUGGAGCUGGAAUUGCAGAUUCGAAUGGAAGAAAAUCCCGACAACGACUGGACAUAACGUCGGAACAUCCCAACCCGUAAGUGGGUCGCGGAACAAUCGAGGAUAUCCGCCAUAGUGAAGGUAUGUUUGCAGACAGAACAUGAAAGUUCGCCAUCUCGACCAGAGAAUAGAAUGGGCAAACAAAGCAAUCACACGUAGGCUUUGGGCGUGGAUGAAAAAUGUAGUCGUUAUUUGGAAACUUGUCGGGUGGACAGGACAGCAGUCUAGGCCACAUGAUCAAUAUCAAGCAGUGGCUUUUCAGGAGCUACUAGGUUCGUGUAGCAUUACAAGCAGCAGAUCCAGCGCAGACCGCUCGGUGGAGUUCAGAGAUGUGAGAUUUUCCUCUUGUUUGGUCAAGAAUCGAAGAGGAUAUUCGCGGCUGUAGAACAACAAUACAAGCACUUUGGAUCGCCUACGAAAAUACAGGGCAUUUCGAUACUUCAAACAGGGAUUGAUUUAGUAAUUGGUUGGCGCCUCGGUAUGGUGGACAUGCCACUAUCAAUGCAAGCCACGCGAGGAACACGACUCCCCGCCAUCAAGGUCUUAAGCGGGCAGCCAAGCGGGAUCGGAUGUCGAAAAAGAAAAUAAAAACGUUGGACAUCAGAUUACAAUAUAGUGGAACAGACAUAGAACUGAUCAUGCAC